AUGUAUUUUAAUCACAAAACUCUAUUAAUAAAAUAAAUAAUUUCAGGAAGAUUUGAGAUAAUAUAUUAUGUUAAACACAAGAAUGUAUUUUUAUUAAUAUUUUAAAAUUGUCUAUAAAUAUUAUUAGACCCGAUUCCUGAACGAGCAGUUAAAAAAAGAAAUAAUGUGUAGAAAUUUUUAUUUUAUAUUGAUUUAACAAAUCAUGAAAUAUACUCAAAUGGUUUACUUUAGUUUUCAAUUAAUAACAGCGAAGACAGAAAAUGGAAUGGUGGAUUUUUAUGUGAGUUUCAAUUUAAUAAUAAGCAAAAAGAAUAAUAAAAUAUUUUCUGCUAUUGCUUUAAUGAUUUAAUAAAAAAUAAUGAAAAAAUAAAUUUAUAGAAUUUAUAUAGAUUUAGAAAUUUUUAUAAGAGUUUAUUUCCACUUAAUAAGACUAUUUUAAACAAAAGAAUGAUAAUUAAAAGGAAUUCUAAGAUUUUAUAGUAAAAAGUGUUGAUCAAAUUCUAGUAAAAUUUCAUAAAAAAAAUAUAUUUUGAAAAUACUGAAUGCUGUAAUUUUUUUGAUUUUUCAUUUAUUGCAAAAUUGAAUGAAUUAGUUAAAUAUUAUGAAUUUAUAAUUUCAAAUAAAUGCAAUGUGUUUUUACAAUUAACUUGA